AGGUUCAACAACUUUGAAAUAAAAAUAAACCGAUUGAAAUUUGAUAAGUUUCGACAUAGUCGGCAUUUGUUGUAAGCGCCGUUCGACAUCGAUCGGAAAUUUUUAAAACAGAACAGCCCGAGAUUUUUCGAAACAUACCGAUUACUAUCGGAGUUUUGUUUUUAAAUGCAUGAACUCCGAUAUCUUAAUUAGGCGUUUGUUAUAAGCACCUUAAUCACGAUAUUUGAAAGAAUGGAUGUUACAAACAUUAUCAAGUGUUAAUUAAUUUGAAAAUGAAUAUUCCGUCAUUGUUUAAAUGCGCAUAGUCGGUAAAUAAAUGCAGUUGCAUAAUGAACAAUUUUCUGGCAAAGCGCCUUCAUUGCUGGGAUAUUACUCUCCAUACAUACAAUGCUUUGAUCGCGAUUUGAUUUUGGAUAAUAAGAUCAGUGUCAUUUGAUACGACUUUCAGGGAGCCACCACAACAACCGGGAAAGGAGUUUAAUUUGUUUAUGUAAACGAAAGAGCACUUCUGUCAACAAAUCCAGAUUAGUGUACAGAAUUCUACAAUCGCAACACAAUUUACUAACCCUUUUAGAUAUACAAAAAAGUCAGCACUAAAUAUUAAAAAAAAAUUAUAACAACGCAACGCACUCUACAUCAGGCAAAAGUGGGAAAUCAAGAAUAAAAUACUCGAAACGUUGUGAAAACAAACAUCAGACGUGAGCUUUAAGUUGAGUUGGCCAAAUAAAGAACGCAAGCAAUAAAUAUUAAUGUAAGACAAACACUAAUGCGCAUUAAAUAUUAAUGGUUGAUGACAGAUAAUUAGAGACUAGCCAAAUAACUUAAUCACAAAGUCGUUUAUCUUCUUGGAGCUCAUACUUUCUGGAUAUCGCGAAAUGUAAGUGAUUACUGGUACUUUAGUAGCUUGCUGAAAAGAAGUGGAUUUUAAAUGGGUGGGGCAAUGUUUUCACCAGUGAAAAUCAAUCUAUAAAUAGAAUUAGCAUUUAUAAUUAAAUGUGCCUCUGUUUGUUCUCUCUGCAUAUAAAGACAAAAAUAUAAGAAAACCAACAUCAAAAGUGCUUUUUGGAUUAAUUUAGGGCUAAAGUAUUUUUUCCGGAAUACUUAAUCUGUGAUAAAGGUUGUGUGAUAACCGUAGGUUAAAAAAGCUUAUAUCAUUUAAUUUACUUUCAAAAGUGUUACCUGUGUUUUAAAAGUCCAUAGCAAUAACGAAGGAUCAACCCCUUUCAACUGGAUUACUAUGUGGUUUUGGAAUAUGUACAUAAGCGGAACCUGAAUUACUAAUAACUGCGCAUACGCAACUGACUUCCGGUGCGUGCUGAAGAUUCAGUAACCAUGGGCGCCAAGGCGGAUCUACCGGAAGACGAGAUUUCAGAGAUACACCCCGAGUUUCAGCCAUUAAACCGGAAGAACCACGAAGAUGGCUAUGGUUUCCCGCGUUACCCAGGUCACGGCACGAGAUCGAUGUCAAUACGCAGCCAACCGGAAGACCCGUGUUACACUUGCCUUCGAACCACUGUGCACUGCUAUAACAUAAUCAUCUUGAUAAUCGGCCUGGGCGUAUUGGGUAUCGGCAUAUGGCUUCUGGUAGCGGAGUUCAGUGCCCGCGAGGUAUCCGUGCUGAUUGGUACGAACUUCUUAGAGCUUGCCACAUACCUGAUGGUGGGGGCUGGGGGUGCGAUAGCCCUGCUGGCGUUCUGUGGCUGCUGUGGAACCAUGAGGGAGGAUAAAUGCGUUCUAGCAUUUUAUGGCGCUACUUUGUUGGUGACAAUCUUCGCACUAAUCGCAAGCAGCACCCUCGCAUUUCUCUCCCUAGGGAUGACGGUAGCGAUGAAAAACGAUAUGCAAGAGACGUUAAGUUACAAAUAUGGCGUUGAUUUACGUAAAAACAGCGAAAAUCGCCUUAUAACAGACGCCUGGGAUUCAUUGCAACGAAGUUUCGAGUGUUGCGGACCACACGGUGACGCGAACUCCACGAGCUCCUGGGCCUUCUACAAGCUGCAUUCUCAGUGGUACACACAGACCAACAUGCGUGCCCCGUACGUGCCCGAGUCCUGCUGCAGGGAUGGAAACAAGGCAAUCUGCACGGGCAUAGAGACGAUAAACGGCGCCCCCACCCGCGGCCCUCCCAUGGACAAACUCUACGUGCACAACGACUUCCUGUACACGGAGGGAUGCUAUGACAAGGUCCUUGACAACAUGCGUCGCAACGUGUACAUCCUAGGGGGCGUGGCGUCCAUAGUACCUUUACUUUUGAUUAUCGGUAUAAUAGUCGUGUUUUGUAUGUGUUGCAAAGUUCGGAAGGACGAGUUUGAAGAGGAGCAAGACAUAUAGUGACACCGGUCAAAUGACCAGAGAAACGUUGGUCUCGUGACUAUUAUCUGACCAAUCAAACCGUCCCAGUGAUAGCAUACGUCAUGUUAUUGAAAUAGAAAAAAGGAUCGAACGCUACAAAAAUUUGAUUAACAUAUCAUGAACCGGAUCACGCGAUUUUCGUGACGUCAACAUAAUUUUAGCGCCGUAACGCCUGUUUAUGGUGUUGGUGGGGGCAUGUGUUUGCUAAUUGUUCGUGUUGAUGACGUCAUGAGUAAUAGACGCCAAGUGAUAGUGCGGAUUAUAACGGGGUGGAUUCCGUGGGCAGUGCGUGAACACCAAUUAAAGCAUGGCGUCCAAGCAUGUUUUUUUUUAAACUGUGCCAAUAUAAAACGUUCUUUAACGCAAAUAUGAAUGCUAAUUGGACACAAGACAGUGCAACAAUAGUAUUAAAAUUAUGUGUACGAGAAGAAAAUGAAGAGAAAUGUUUGCAUGAGUACAUCACAAAGGGUUGGUUGCAAGACAACGGUCUUGGACGAUCCUUCCAUUUGCACAGAACCAACCUCAUGGAAAAUUAUAUCAAUGACAUCUUUGUCACAUCAUUAUUUCACAUUCUUACAGGAUACGCCGCACGUUUCCAUUAGCAAAAAGGAAAUGUGUACAUCGUGGCUAUCUGCAAAAAGUAUGUGCGGAUUCUUAUGCUUUUAAAAAGAAUUAUGGGACCUUGAACAGAGGACAGCACGUGCUAAAACGCGCCCUUUUAAAUCGUUACAAACUUACUCUUUCUGAACGACGGAAUAAAACAAAACAUUUAUUGUGAUAAAAAAUCUAUUAUAAUACUAACACAAAACGUAAACAUUACUAAUCUGUAUUUUAGCUUUGUUUGUUAGCAUGUAAAAUUCACGAAAGUAUCUAUAAAUAUGACGUCAUAUUGGAUCGUUGACAUUCAUAUAUGAAACUGACGUCAUUCGCUCAAUGUUUAUUAAUUAAAUUGACGUCACGUGGGUGAGGCCGUUAACAAGCGCGGGUGACUGCACGUCGUAGAUAGAUGAGCUGAUUAUAGUGAAUUAUAUCUCGUGUAUCAACUGUUAAACUGCAAAUAAGAAAAAUCACAUCGUGUUGUUAGAAUCGAUGAUAAUAUUUUUCAUAGUUUGUUGUAUAGUAACCCACGGUCAAGAUUUAAAUUAGUGAAUCACUAGCGCCUUGCACCCGUGAUAUGUCUAAACACAUUCACACUUCUCGAGCUCGACCUUCGUUAGUUGACAAUAACUUAAGUUGAAAAAUACGUUUCGUUGAUUGCCGUAUUGUGACAUCACCAUGCCACAACGCAUGAUUGCUGUUAUGCAUCUAGCUCAAAGCUUAAUUAAUCAUUCCAAGUACAUUCCAUGUUGUUUGAAAUAUUUCUGUUGCUUAAGUGUGCAAUGAAAUGCGGAUCUAAAUCCAUGGGUACCUUCAAAGAGCAUCAAAGGAGAUAUGAUGCGAUAUAAAAGUGUGUGGAUUUCGGCUCGGCUUCGCGCUACCGUGUGAUCUGGAUUUAAUUGUGAAAGCGGCUUUGUGUGUGUGAAGAAAAUGAGACAACAGUUCCAGAUUUAGUUAUUAUUGUCCAAUGAAUUGAGUGAAUUCGUUUAAAGGGACUUAUUUGUUAAUUUUGAGACAGUUAAAAGAUUGUAGUUUAGUUUGUGGGCCUUUGUAGAAGAAUACAUGUACAUGUACUUGAAUUAUUUACUGUUUCUUACGUUAAGAAAGGUAAAACGUUUUGAUAAUCGUUUAUAAUUUUCCCUAUAAGCGUUUUGAAUGGUCAAAAAGUAUUGUGAAAUUAUAGAUAUAAAACUUUAUUGCCAAAAACCAGUUUCAAAAUAUAUUUUCUGUUGUUUUAGAAGACAUUUAUGUUACCACGUUCACCAGGAUCGAUGUUGUACAUUACAUUAAACUCCGGCAGUUUGUAAUGUCUCCACUGAUUUUCAUUUUGACCCGCGCCAUGCGAAAAUGGGUCUUAUUCCAGAUGCGACCAUUCAAACUCCAGACCAGCUUGCGCAUGCGCGAAGUCUAGUCAGGAGCUACGCCGUCCGCUAUAAAACACAUUGUUUCGUGGUCUCAGCGGACAGGAUAGCCCGAGACGAGACUGCGCGGAAGCGCAGCGUUGACAGUAGCUACUCGGGUCGUACAUGGUAUAAGAUCCGUUUUUGCAUGAUGCGGGUCAUUUAAAAAUGUAAAAGUGUAUCUGAGUAAUCGACGCUCUUAAAACUUUAAAGCUAACUUAAAAGUUUCGGCAGAGGAGGUUAACCACCUGAACAAAUAUAAGUACAAAUAUAAGUACAAAUAUAAGUACAAAUAUAAGUACAAAUAUAAGUACAAAUAUAAGUACAAAUAUAAGUACAAAUAUAAGUACAAAUCUCAACUUGUCAUUAUUCGUAAUCAAUGAUUUUCCGUAAGCUGUUGUAUACAUACUUUUGUUCUGUUUAUUUAAGACUAAAAUAUACAGCCAUAUGUCAAUGUAUUUUAAGUUUUUGUUUGCUCGAGACCACAAUUUAACUAGGACUUCAAUUAUGUUUUGCUUAGAGUCAUUGAACUAAUCAUACUUCUAGAUCGAUAGUGGAGAAUCAAUAUGCAUGUAGAUCGUAAUCAAUUCAUCAUAAUGUUCCACAAUGUCAUUGGUAAACAUAAGGUGCAAUAGACAUUAAACUGAAUGGUUCAGUGGCGUUUUUGUUGGUUUGUUUCAAUAACACAAUAGAACGAAAAGAUAUGUAUAUUUUGAUGUUUCAGUACAGACAAUCUUUUGUUAUAAAACGAUAUGGAGAAUUCCGAUGUUACGUUGCUGCAAAUCACGAAUAUGUUUGCCUUUAUUUCUUAAGUUUAUUUUGUAAAUACGCUCUGUUAACGUAUGGAUUUAUUUUAAUUCGCCCAAUCUGUUGCAGUUUGUUAAAUUUUAUUCCUUGAGUUAUUUUAUUUAAGUUGGCGACUGUAGUACAUACACUAAUUAUUGUUCAACAUUCGAUUUGGGUAUAAUCGUAUUAGCAUCUGACAAUUAAAUGUUAUCAAAUGUAAUGGCCUAUGGUACUAUUUUAGAAUCUUUUUAGUAAACACUAGUUUUGUUCAUGUUAGUUACACAACUCUUUUCAUGUGAUGAAUAGUCUUGUUUAUUAAAAACUACAUAAACACGUAGUAUAAUUAUGAAGCCUCGUUUUGGGAAAUUGGACUUAAUCCAUGUGCUUAAGUGUUGCCCAAUAAAAGCAUGUGCAGUCCACACAGGCUUAUCAGGGAUGACACGGUAAGCAUUGACUUGAUUUAUGUUUACAAAAGUGUUCAUAUGUACAUGUUAACGUUUUAUAACGUAAUAAUAACAACAAAAACAGAUAGUUCAAGAGAAAUUACGUUAAAAUGCAGAUGUGAAUACAAUUAACAUUAAGUCAACACGUGGCUACACAAACAGCGUGUCCUAAAAUUAUACAUUAAUAUAAGUAUGACCAUCUUUCUCUGAAAAAAACUGGGUUUAAUGCACGUGCGCUAAGUGUCGUCCCAGUUUGGUAUGUGCGGACGACAUCUCGCUGAGACUGGAUUUCUAAUAGAAAAAAAAACAUCCUUUACAUGAAAAUUUCCAUAAAGCCAGAAAGUGUUGUCACUGAUAAGCCAGUGAAAGGACUGCACAUUCUAAUCUGGGACGACAUUUUACGCGCAUGCAUUAAACCCAUUUUCCAAUACCGAGGCCCAUACAUAUAUAGCAGUGUCUAUCGAUCCCAGUAAAUAUAGCCCGCUCUCUAGGGGUAUUUAUGGACAACAUUUCCGUGCGUUCCCUAUAACCUGGGGUGACAUAUCUAGCGUCCCAAAGGGUCGGGGCGCCUACACGCACACUCUUUCUUUGGCCAUUAAGCGCUGCGGAUUCAAAUACGAGUUGGCAGUGGCGAUCAUUCAUAGAUACAUUACACGCACAUACGCGAGGGGUAAUACACGCAAAUUGUAUUCACCCAUCAACAUUUGAAAUUAGUUAUACAAUAGUAAUAAUAACUAGUACAGAAUGAUAAGAAAACUUUAGGCGAUUAAUAGUGCAUGGGGUGACUGCUUCAACACAUGUGUUAACGGGUUCGCGUGUAACAAUAAUAAUAUUACUAUAUAUUCUUUUUAAAGUGAAGUGAUAGAUUGUAAUAACUGUAACUCGUUAUUUUCUCUGUAAAUACACAUUUGAUGACCCGAAGACCAUGUAGAACAGGCUUAUCCAGGACGACACUUUCCGCAUAGACUCAAUUUUCGUUAAAAACACACCUAUUUAAUCGAAAAUUCCUUUCAAAGCGGAGAGUGUCGUUACUUCUUACCUGUGCGGAAUGCACAGGCCAAUACGGGACGAUUCUUUAAGCAAUUGUAUUAAGCCCGCUUUUUCCAGAAUCAAAUACUAGCUUCUAUGAAUGUAAGGUUACAAGGAUGUUGAGCAGACACCUUACAUGCAUAAUGGGUGAACAAUCGCUGCUAAUAUGUAUAUUUCUUAUCAUUUUUAAUAGUGCAUGUUUAGGAUCACUGCUGUAAUUGACUUGACUAAUUUCAUGAUGAAUUUCCGAAGAUGAUGUCAUAUUGAGCAAUGUUGUCUCAUGUAUUUACUUAAGUUUAGUUUUCUGAUAAAUUUCAUAUUAUGUAUACAUAACAAUAUUUUAGGCACACAUUGUAAGCACCAAAAUUAAGUGUUCAGAGAUACAAGUGGCAAUCAGAUAUCGUUUAUAAUUUCAAUUAUUUAUAGUAAAUGUAAUAAGUUAAAUUGUCCAGUGUAUCGUUCUUGUUGAUGUUACCAAAUAUUUCUACUGAAUCUAUUCAUAGCGUCAUGACUUAACAUUUCAAAAAUACGUUAGAUACAUGUAUUGAACAAUUGAUGCUUUGUUUGAUUUUUGUCACGAAGAAGCAACUUGUUAAAUUUGAGAGUUUUCAAAGUUAAGUUCAGUAAACAAACCCCAACAUAUUUGAUAUAGGUUACAAUUGUUAGUUUUGCGUUUGUGAUUUUGAUGAUCAUGUUUUAAGUGUUACUGAUGUUAUCUGAUACAGACCAUGUGUGAUUUGUCUUUAUUGUUGAUUGUUUUACAUUUGAAGUUCAUUAGUUUACAGAAUUUUUUAAUACAAAAUAUGUGUUUCUAAUGCAGCAUUGUGUGUGAUGAUUUACUUUUUUGUUAUUAUACUGUCAAAUGUGUAGUGUACGUGUUUUAUGAACGUUGUUGCAAUGUUUUUUAUACAUAAGCCAAUGUGUGUAAAAAUGUGCAAAGACAUGCUAGUUCAUAUGUAUAUAAUAUAGAUAAAUCGAUCUUUAAUAACAUUACAAAACAAUUCAUUUAUAAUAAGC